AUGGUGGCGGCUGAUAAGGACCUCCACACUUCCCAUCAGCACGCCUCUUGGGGAGUUCCACAGCAACGCCGCGCUAAACUGGCCGGCCGGGCCGAGCCGAGCCGCCGGGGACUCGCGGGCCGGGGCCGUGGCGGGCAAGGAGGCGGGGGCGAAGCCGGGGCAGCCGCGGCCGACCGAAGGGCGCCCCCGGAGGAAAGCGGCAGGUGCGGGCGAGGGCUGGGCGCCGGUCGCGCCCCCGAGCCGCUCCCGGGGCACCGGGAGCAGCCAGACGCCACCGCGUUCCGCUCCAGCCGCGGCAGGCGAGGAGUUAAGGCUCGCUCCGCCCGACGCGGCUCCGCCUCCGACGGGCGGCCGCUGGCGGGCCGCAGAGAAGCCGAGCUCUCCGGAGGCCGAAGCCCGCGGCGUCCGGGGGCGCAGCGGAGCCCGCCAGCGCCCGCGCCCCCCGCGCUCCUCCGUCCACCGCGCCCCCGCCGGGCGGACGCCCGUGGAUGGCCCUGGGGCGCUGCCGGCGUUCCGGGCAUGGACCGGGAGAAGCUGCCGCGGCGGCCCGGGCUCUCCCUGCGGCUGGACGAGGCCGAGGGGGAGACGCCGGGCCCAGGGGGCUGGCAGGCGGGCGCGCGCCUGCGGCCUUCCUCCUAUCGGGCGCUGCGCAGCGCUGUCUCCACCUUGGCGCGCCUGGACGACUUCUACUGCGAGAAGAUCGGCGCCGGCUUCUUCUCGGAGGUCUUCAAGGUAAGGCACCGCCAGUCGGGGCAGGUCCUGGUGCUGAAGAUGAAUAAGCUGACCAGCAACCGCGGGAACAUGCUGCGCGAGGUGCAGCUGAUGAACCGGCUCUCCCACCCCAACAUCCUCCGGUUCAUGGGUGUCUGUGUUCACCAGGGCCAGCUGCAUGCGCUGACAGAGUACAUUAACGGGGGGAACCUGGAGCAGCUGCUCGACAGCUCCACCCCCCUGCCCUGGCCCGUCCGCCUCAGGCUGGCCCUGGACAUCGCCCGCGGGCUGUGCUACCUCCACAGCAAGGGCAUCUUCCACCGCGACCUGACGUCCAAGAACUGCCUGGUCAGGUGUGAGGAUAACGGCUACACCGCGGUGGUGGCUGACUUUGGCCUGGCAGAGAAGAUCCCCACCUACAGUGAGGGCGGCGAGAAAGAGCCCCUGGCUGUGGUGGGCUCUCCCUACUGGAUGGCCCCCGAGGUCCUGCGUGGGGAGCUCUACAAUGAGAAGGCGGACGUCUUUGCCUAUGGCAUCAUCCUCUGCGAGACCAUCGCACGAGUGCCGGCCGACCCCGACUACCUGCCCCGCACUGAGGACUUUGGACUUGACGUGGCUGCAUUCUGCAACCUCAUGGGAGCUGACUGUCCAGCGGCUUUUCUCCAUCUCGCCUUCCACUGCUGCAAGAUGGAGCCCGCGGCCCGGCCCUCCUUCCUGGAGGUCACCCAGCGCCUGGAGGCAAUGCUGACAGCCGGAGACCCCACUUCGGGCCGGCCCAGCGAUGGGAGCACCAUCCCUGCAAACUCCACCGCCACGCUGAACGGUCAAGCGGCCCAGCAGCUCUCCUUCCCUGGUGCCCUGCCUGGCCUGCUCGGCCAGCAGCUCCUCACCCCGGAGCAGCACCUCUCCCGCAGCCAGUCGGACAGGUUUCCCCCUCGCUCGCCCACCUUGCCUCCCAUCCAGGACACUCCGCAGCGAGUCAACCCCUUUUCCCAUCGCCAGGACCUCAAAGGGGGCCGGAUCAAGCUCUUUGAUACGCCCAGCAAGUCCUUGAUCUCCCUAACCUUCAACCUCCCGCCCCCCUCGCCUCUUCCGCCCGGCACCCCGAUUACGCCGGAGCCCGCUGUGGAGAUGCAGUGUGACUUUGCUGAACCCGUUGCCAUCCUACGGAGGUGCCACUCUCUGCCAGCCUCCCCAGAGCUGCCUUGCCGGGGGCAGCCGUCCCGCAGACCCCUCCAGGCCCCAGACCGCACCGGCCUGGACUGUCCCAGUUCCCCUGCCAGCAAGCUGAUGGACUGCAGCCCGGACAGCCCGGUCUUGGCGCCUGCCAUCUUGUCGCCCCCCCUGACCAACGGCAGCUUCAUCAACACGGCCGUGUCAGUGGCCCAGCCAUGGUCUCCCAAUGGGCUGCUCCUGAACAAUAACAGCAAGCCGCAUGGCUGGGGCGGGGGCUUCUCCGAGCUGAGCGUGCCCCCCACAGCGGAUGGAGUGCAGACGGAGCGCCCGGGGGCAGCUCUGCCGCUGAGCACCUCCAGCAGCAGCUGUGUGAUGGAGCAGGACGAGGUGCUGGCCUGCCCCGCCUGCUGCCUCGGUCCCUUCAGCUUCAGCUUCGCCUCUGUCUGCCACCGGCCAGCUGCCAGCACCCCCCGCUACCAGAACCUGAACUGUGAGGCCAAGAGCCUGCAGUGCCCGGAGAGGCAUCCCCAGCACUGCAAGGCCCUGGCUCCUGGCCUGGCAGAACCCAGCCUCAAGUUGCCAGAAGCGCAGUCCUGAGGCUGGCCCUGCGGCUGUUGGUCGAGGAGCGCCUGGGGUCCACCUGGGACCACUUGGCUGCCCUUCAGACCUCAGGGAGCUGGUGUGGGUCGAGGGGGCUGGCAAUCUGCUGCUGGGGCAGGCCUGUACGAGGGGCAAUGAGGAGUGCCGACUCUGUUUGGCCAGUGCUGUUGGAAAGCAGGAGGGGCCCUCUUGCCCCAGCCUGGUUUCAGUGCAGUAAGGAGCUGCUUUCUGUUCUUCCCUGCUGGCCCCAGGGCAGGCUUGAGGGAUGUGCUCCACCCAUUUCUCCUCGGCCUGCUUCGGUCCAGCACUUGGCUCUCUAGCCUCUUGCCCAGGUGGGGUGAUGCCCCUCCAGCAUGGGAGGGUGCAGAGGUAGAACAAUGGGCACAAGCAGGGCUGGGAUGAAAGUGGAUGAUGGCUUGUGUGCGCCAUUGUGAGUCUGGGAAGUGAAGGCACUGGUUCAUUCUACCAUCUGGGAGGGACUGGCAUGCCCUGGGCAUGGCACCAUGG